GACGCCCUGUGGUGGCGGCCAGCGCAAAAGAACCGUCAUCUGCCACGUGGACGGGAAACCGGCUGCUCCGAAGAACUGCGAUUUUGGCAAGAAGCCGUUCGACACCGAGUCGUGCAACAUGGAUGCUUGCGACGAAGAUGAAGUUAUCCUUCUGGGAGGCUGCAAAGAAUCUAAGCACGGAUGCUGUCCCGACGGCAUGACGCCUGCCGGUCCCAACUACGCUGGGUGCCCCAAGGUUGCCCCAGUCGAAGGCGGCUGCAAGGCUACGGAGUUUGGUUGCUGCUUGGACGGCGUGACCCCGGCCUUUGGACCGUUCAUGAAGGGUUGUCAACAGCUGUCGCUCUGCAAUGGCACGAAGUUCGGCUGCUGUCCCGAUGGCGACACACCGGCCGAGGGCCCUGACAACGAAGGUUGCCUCUCAGCCACGACCGACGCGACCCCCGUUUCCAACUGCACUGCGACUGAAUGGGGCUGCUGUCCGGACGGCGUCACCGCCGCCGAAGACUCGAACAAAACCAACUGCGUCGAAGCCACGAUAACCGCCUUUGUAUCGUGCGCCGACUCCCAGUUUGGCUGCUGUCCUGACAACGUGACCGCAGCCGACGGACCCGGCGGACUCAACUGCAUCGAAGGUUCGGGCACGGAGGAGCCCUGCCAGGGCACGACGCAUGGCUGUUGCCCGGACGGCUUUUCAAUGGCCCAGGGUCCAAACAACGAAGGCUGUCCGCCCUUCUUCCAGGUCACGCCGCUCGCCAACUGCUCUCUCUCGACGUACGGUUGCUGCGCAGACGGAAUGACUCCUGCCCUGGGUCCAGACGGGCUCGGUUGCGAGGACGACAUCGAGGGUAGCGGGACCGAACCGACGGACUGCGAGAACACGUUGUUUGGCUGCUGUCCGGACGGCAAGACACCGGCGAGCGGUGCGGGAUUCGAGGGGUGCGACAACUGCAGCAACACCACGUUCGGUUGCUGUCCCGACGGAGUCAGCGCCGCAAAGGGAGAGGCGUUCGAAGGUUGCGCGGAGGGUUGCGAGGCCACCAAGUACGGCUGCUGUCACGACAAGGUCACGCCGGCCGAGGGACCCGACUUCGAAGGCUGCGGGAACUGCACGGAGUCAGCGCACGGGUGCUGCGACGACAAUGUGACCUUCGCCUUGGGACCCAACGGCGAGGGUUGCUGCGUGGUUACCGAGUUUGGCUGCUGCCGCGACAACGUCACGGCGGCGACGGCCGACGGCUGCAUCUGCAACGAGACAGUGCAUGGAUGUUGUCCCGACAAUGUCACCGUUGCGCUGGGUCCCGACUUCGAAGGAUGCACCUGCGAGCACUACACUUUCGGUUGCUGUCCCGACAAGAAAUCUCCGGCCGAAGGCCCAGACUUCGAGGGCUGUGUCAUCUGUACCAACACCACCUUUGGGUGCUGCCCUGAUGACGUCACCGCAGCGAUGGGACCCAACUUUGAGGGCUGUGAAGGCUACGAGACCAACUGCACAAACACCACCUUCGGCUGCUGCCCCGAUGGACUGCAAGCCGCCGAGGGCGAGUACUUUGCCGGCUGCGCCGUGGCCUGUGAAAGCACCCAGUUCGGCUGCUGUCCCGACGGACGAGCUCCAGCUUCGGGCAUCGGCUUCGAAGGUUGCGACAACUGCAGUGAGUCUUUGUACGGCUGCUGUGCGGACAACACGUCGUUCGCCCUCGGCCCCGACGGCGAGGGCUGUUGCUUCCACACCGAGUUUGGCUGCUGUUCCGACAACAAGACGGAAGCGCAGGGACCGGACCGUGCCGGUUGCAGCUGUCACACGACACCGCACGGAUGCUGCCCCGACGGGAUUGCUACCGCUCGUGGCCCGAGGUACUACGGCUGCACUUGCCACAAUUAUCCUUACGGCUGCUGCCAAGACAAGCACACGCCGGCCGGCGGUCCGAACUUCGAAGGAUGCAUAUGUUCGCGCCUGCUUUAUGGUUGCUGCCCCGACGAGGUCACUCCCGCUGAGGGCCCCCACAUGGAAGGCUGUCCGUGCGAGAUCAUGGAGUUCGGCUGCUGCCUCGACAGACGCACUCCAGCUCGUGGACCCAACCUCGCUGGCUGCGGCUGCGAGACCAUGCCCUACGGCUGCUGCCCCGACCGACAAACGCCGGCCCGUGGACCUGCCUUUGGUGGCUGUCCGUGCACGGCGAUGCCGUACGGCUGUUGCCCCGACCAACACACUGCUGCCCAAGGACCGGACGGCCGAGGCUGCGAAUGCGAGAAUCUUCUCUAUGGCUGUUGUCCCGACGGCCGCACGGCAGCCACGGGCCCCAGUCUGACGGGUUGCACGUGCCACCACUACCCGCACGGCUGCUGCCCCGACGGACGAACUCCGGCUCGAGGACCCGAGUACGACGGCUGCACCUGCGCCAUGACGGCGUACGGCUGCUGCCCCGACGGGGUCACUGCUGCCAGGGGGCGCAACUUUGAGGGCUGCCCCGAUACAACUCUGGUUGCCUCCGCAAGGAAUGUCAGCGCCAGCGUGUGUGGUCUACCCGAAGAGCUCGGCCCCUGCCGCAACUAUACGGUCAAAUGGGUCUUCAACGUUGCCGAUGGUCGCUGCAGCCGUUUCUGGUACGGCGGAUGCGAGGGCAACGAAAACCGCUUCAACUCGGAGGAGGAGUGCGAGGCGACCUGCGUCAAACCUGAAGGAUCUGAUGCCUGCCUGUUGCCCAAGGUGAUUGGUCCGUGCGAUGGCCAGUACGAGCACUGGUACUUCAACUCGGUCACUCGCACCUGCGAGUCAUUCAUGUACGGCGGUUGCCUCGGAAACAACAACCGCUUCGCCAGCCAGGACAUGUGCGAGCAGACAUGCCUGCAUCAAGAGAUGCUUGACCCAUGCGAACAGUCGGCAGCACCUGGACCAUGCAGGGGCAACUAUCCACGUUUCUACUACGACCGGCAAGAGAACCGGUGCAAGCAGUUCACCUAUGGCGGUUGCCAGGGCAACGCAAACAACUUCGCCACGGAGGACGAGUGCUCAGAACGAUGCGUCAGGCUUAGCGCGCAGGAGAUAUGCAUCCUGGCCAAGGAGGAAGGCCGCUGCCUGUCGGAGGACCGCAAGUGGUACUACGACUACGUGGAACGGCGCUGCAAGGAGUUUGUCUACACGGGUUGCCAGGGCAACCGCAACCGCUUCAACACGCGCGACCAGUGCGAGCGCAUGUGCAACUCCACCAGAGUCGCCGUGUCACGUGACAUCUGCGCCCUGCCCAAGGAAGAGGGACCAUGUCGGGCGGCCAUCUUGCACUGGCACUACAACAUGGCGGCCGGCCGCUGCGAGCAGUUCUACUAUGGCGGCUGCGAGGGCAAUGCCAACCGAUUUGAGUCAAGGCGCGACUGCGAGCGUGCCUGUCUCUCUACCGGAAGUCGGAACAUCUGUCUGCUGCCUCAAGAGGCUGGCAACUGCGUGGAGUUCCGCGAGCGGUGGUACUACAACGCCGAGGAAGGACGCUGUCACCGUUUCUACUAUGGAGGCUGCGACGGGAACGAGAACAACUUUGCCUCGCACCUGGAGUGCGAACAGAUGUGCGGACAGCCGGCCCCGACUGACGAGCCCGAGGGAGAGUUCCUGCUGGAAUACUGCUUUAUGCCUAACGAGGUGGGCCCCUGCACCAACAUGGAGGUACGCUGGUUCUACGACAAGCAAGACGGCGUGUGCCGCGAGUUCUACUACGGCGGUUGCCUUGGAAACCGAAACCGCUUCCGGUCCCGCAGGGACUGCGAGGAACGGUGCUUCAGUUCUCAAGACGUGUGCAUGCUGCCGAAAGUGCAAGGACCGUGCAGCGGCACGUUCAUCCAGUGGUUCUACGAUCCCGAGACAGACCAGUGCCACGAGUUCACGUAUGGCGGUUGCCAGGGCAACGCCAACCGCUUCAACGACCGCGAGGCGUGCGAGAAGAAGUGCCGCAAGGGUGCGCCGCUGCCCACAGAGCAUCCUCUGGAGCGUCCCACGCCACUUGAUGUGUGCACCCUUCCCAAACAGCCUGGACCAUGCUAUGGCAUACUGAUGAUGUGGUACUUUGACAUUGCAACUCGUGAGUGCCGCAACUUUACCUACGGAGGCUGCGAGGGCAACGACAACCGGUUUGAGUCCUUAGAGCUUUGUAAACAACACUGUGCCCACGCUGCAGUAGGGCCAACAGUAGAUCCACCUGCACGGCAUCCCACUAAACCCUGGCGUAUUGGCAAAGGUGCAUGCAAGAGAAUGUCCGACCCUGGCAACUGCAAUGAGGUGCAUACUCGAUGGUUCUACGACGUAAAGAGCGGCACCUGCCUGCCGUUCGUGUUCACUGGCUGUGGAGGCAAUAAGAACCGGUUCAAGUCGCACGAAAUCUGCAUGAAGUUCUGCUCUGGGGUUACAAUGGACACCCCCGACUACGAAGUAUACGAGCCGGACACGGACGACAAGCGGAUGCCACCAACACCUUCUCGAGGGCACGCGGGACCAGAGGAGGAGUUAGACCCACGUGCGAAGCCACCAAUGCCGGUUACACCGUUUCCAGAACCGUUCCCACUGACGCCGGCAGCUCCACCACAGACGCCGGCGCCAGAGUGCCUCCCGUCGAACUGCGAGGAGCUACAGUGUCCCCUUGGGAAGAACCAGACCGUGGACCACCGGGGAUGCGUCCAGUGUCGCUGCAGCAACCCUUGUGAGACCUUUUCGUGCCACGAAGCAGAGCUUUGCAGGAUUGAGGCAUACCGAAGUGCCGAUGGCACACCCAACUACCGACCGGUGUGUCGCCUGGUGAACAAGCCCGGCCACUGCCCCGUAGCCGAAGUCGAAGCGCAACCCGCAGCCGUGGUCCGAGCCGACUGCCGGGACGUUUGCCGCGUGGACGCCGACUGUCGCGACGUCCACAAGUGCUGCUACAAUGGCUGCGCUCAUGUCUGUGUCCAGGCCGUUGUUACAGAGAGCACCACCAUUCACACGUCCACGACAACGCAGGCUCCAAUUCUGACCGCUGAGCCAACAACUGAAGCCCUGUCUCCACCAGUGCACCAGCCAUCACAAAUGGUUGCACAAGCAAAGCCCGAAGUGACGGCCAACGCCGGCUCCGACGUUACGCUGUCGUGCCUCGACCGACCGUUCCUGAUAGUGUCUGUAGAGUGGACCUUCCGUGACGAGCUGGUUGAGAGCAAUGAGGGGCGCUUCAAGAUCUUGGUCGACGGCUCGCUGCACAUCUCCCAGCUGACGGGUGACGACGCUGGUCCCUAUCGGUGCACUGCUGACGACGGGCACCAGAAGGUGUCGCACGUCACCAACCUCGUUGUUUAUGUGCCGGCCACAAUCAAGCCCUCGAGCGCGACAGUGACCGUGACCGUGUCAGAAACGGCACGGAUGUCCUGCUUGGCCGUCGGCUACCCAACGCCCGUCGUACAGUGGUACCACAACUCCAAGCAGCUGCCGCAGCGGAGCGCGCGCUACGCCCAACUCCCCGACUUCACACUCGCAGUCCGAAACGUCACUCAAGUAGACGAGGGCAUUUACAUGUGCCGCGCGUACAAUUACCACGGCCAGCCGGCCGUCUGGAAGGUGUCCUCUCACGGUGCUGCCAUUGCGCCGGGACGCGACGGUGCCGGGACGGCGCCGGCGCCGCGGCCACGGCUCGCGAAGUGCCUUGUUUCGCCGCACGGGCCGGAAAAUAUACCUGACCGGCAAUGGUGCGUAGCCACGCGCGGGUGGUGCGAGUGUUAUUGGGAGUGUAUUCGCUGUAUUACCGGCAUGACCCAACUGAAUAUGUUGGUCGUGCCUCCGAGCUUUUUGAGAACUUCAGGGAACUGUAUACAUAGCCAAAGUGCCUCACUUCAGAUCUUUUUUUUACCUGUAUAGUGGUCGUUGGCGCGGCGACAUAUGAGCUCAAAUUGAGCACAUUUUAUGCUGGGGCUAGUGUAGCAUAGUUCGCCUUUGCACAGUUAUCAAUGUAACUACAGGUUGUAGAUUAGAGGCAAUCACAACUUUUAUCGCAUGUUAAAGGAAUUCAAAAUGUGAGGUUCUUACUGAACGGCCUCUUGGAAACCUGUUCUUACUAACAUAUUGAACCGACUGGAAAGUUGUGCUUUCAGCCAUAAGUCAUACAAUAUUGGGAGUAACUUAUUGCGCUCAUAAAUUUAAGUGAGUUCAUUACUCCAGCAACACUGCAAGAAGAGUCACUAUGCUAGGAAAUUUUAGUUGGCCUGACAUCUGCCUCUAUAUUUUUUUUGUCAUGAUGUCUGUACAUAUGUAUGCAUGCACUUUUCAUUACAUAAAAACAUAGCCAUACAAAAUUUUGUUUUCCUUCUUCAUUUUUUCCACCAUUAUUUGUGGAUAGCCAAGGUCCUGGCACAGCCGUGGCCUGUAGAACAUUAGAAGCUGCAUACUGUCAUAUUCACAAUAAAGAACUGCCUCAAGUAAUUGAACUUUAGUCACGUCGGACACAACACAGCAGUAUGGCAGUGUCAUGCCAUUCUGUUUGGCAUCGAAAAAGUUCAUAAAAUCAGAACAAUUUCGAAAGGCACGAGGAUUGGUGCUGCAACGCUUUCAACGAGGUGUGCCAUGUGAUUGAGGUCUUUCCAGAAUUGCAUUCAUGCAUACGUGGAUUUUCAAGGCAUAGGCUGAGCACAGAUCACUAAUCAGAACUACAGAAGUUUUAUCUCAUCAUUCCAAGUGCCUUGGUUGCAGCUCGUUGCAGUCACAGCCCACCUUCUCAGCAGGGCUGCAACAUUACAGAACAGAAUAAAAGAUUUUUGAAAGCCAAGUGUACAGAGACGUC